AUGGGCCAUUAUGGCCUCGGUCGCCACGCCCAGUUUGUCGAGGCAAAGGAUCUGCUCAUCUUCCUCAGAUUGUUAUAUGCAGUAUACUACGUCUACGAUAUCGGCCUCUUUUUCACCAAGGUCUCGGCCUUGCUCCUCCUCUCGCGCAUCUUUCCGUGGCACGCAAACGCCAAAUGGUUCAACUACACACUUAUCGCUACCCACUGCCUCAACUGCGCAUGGUUGGCCGGCAUCAUCUUUGGCACCAUAUUCAUGUGCACUCCCGUCCAGAAGGGCUGGGAUUCUUUGUUACCUGGACACUGCGGCACGGCCCAGCACCUUUGGCUUGGAAGCGCAAUUCCCAGUGUCAUCAUUGACUUAAUUAUAUUGGUGUUGCCCCUACCAAAGAUCUGGAGCUUGGAAAUGGCUGCGAGACGCCGAUGA